AUGUCUAUUAAAACGGUAUUUCUUCUCAUUCUUUGCAGCAUAAACUGUAAGCUGAUUGCUGCUCACUGGGUUAACAACAACACAUAUUCCAUAGAAACGACUAUUGACCAAAGUGUAGCUGAAUCAAGAGUAGUAGACAGAUACGACGAAAAGGUUUUGGUUAACGAUGAAACAUAUGAAACUUCACUGGCCAACAGGACAUUCAGUUCCUAUUCAUUAUAUCCAGGCUAUAAAGUGCAAGCAAUAUACUCCAUUUUAAAGGCGCCCUUUUCUUUUCUAUGCAAAAUAUUCGGAGUAAUGAGACGCUUUCACGUACUUAAGAGAUGUGUAAAUCAUAUUGCUGGAAUAUUCAUCAAAAUAUAUCGAUAUCUCGGUAUUCAAUGCCCGGACUUGCUUGUUCUGUUGACAAGGAAUAAAAGAUGUACCAGUGACACGCUAUACGAACUAAUUAAAGAUAACAUAUCGUGGCAAUUAACUAUGACAAUAUGGACAUAUGAAGGGGACACUGAUUGCAAAAAUAUAACAUCUGAAAGAGAUAUACUAAAUUUUAUUGAAAAAGUCAUCGAUAUUAGGGAACUGCAGCACAAACUAGCUGUAUGUGUAAGAGUUUCCAAUGGAGAUCGCUGGUCAGCUGAUAUUCGAAUGCAAAGAGACGAUUGUCGGGUAUAUGAGACUGCCUGGGAUGUGCCGUGUUCUUUGAAGGGUAAUAUUGAGUACACGUAUGAUAAUUAUUCGAGCAAUAUGUCCAAAAUGAGCAACGAAAUACUUAUGUGA